AUGAAGGUGGCGCCAGCAAAGAAGAGGGAGGAGUAUCAACCAGCCAAGGUCGAAGGAAAAGCAAGACCGUGUGUGGUCCUGAACACCAAAUGCAGGACAUGUUUCAAGGUGCACCAAGAGGCCUGCAGUGCCACCUGCUGCUGUCGGGCCCACUACGGAGACGGGCUACGUGGUGAACUGACUGCAGUGGUUCUCACUCACCCUCUCUUCCCUUGUGUUGGUUUUCCAGGUGUGGCAACCAGGAUCAUCCCCCAAGAGCCAAGACCUUCCCCAGAAGGCGACCCCUUCCCGCCACCACCGCCACCACCUACGUCAGCCCUCGUACCUGACACACCCCCGGACACCCCUCCUGCCAUGAAGACUCCUGUUAGCCCUAAGCCGCUCCCACUGGAACCAAAUAGUCCCUCGGAGCAGGUUGGCCGUGGGCCCGUCCCCCCACAAGAGGACUCCCCUCCCUCCGAGGUGAAGAGCAGGGGACCCACUCCACCAGCUGCAGGCCUGCGGGACGCCAGGCCUCCUCGGAGGAGCAGCCAGCCGUCUCCAACGGCAGCACCCACCUCGGACAGCACCCCCCCCAAGCAAGAUGCGAAGAAGGCAGGAGAGAGACACAAGCUGGCGAAGGAGCGGCGAGAGGAGCGGGCCAAGUACCUGGCCGCCAAGAAGGCAGUGUGGCUGGAGAAGGAGGAGAAGGCCAAGGUGCUGCGGGAGCAGCAGCUUCAGGAGCGCCGCAGGCGGCUGGAGGAGCAGCGGCUGAAAGCCGAGCAGCGGCGGGCCGCCCUGGAGGAGCGGCAGCGGCAGAAGCUCGAGAAAAACAAGGAGCGCUACGAAGCCGCCAUCCAGCGGUCAGUGAAGAAGACGUGGGCCGAAAUCCGGCAGCAGCGCUGGUCCUGGGCAGGGGCCCUGCACCACAGCUCACCAGGACACAAGACCAGUGGGAGCAGGUGCUCCGUGUCGGCAGUAAACCUGCCCAAACACGUGGACUCUAUAAUCAACAAGCGGCUCUCAAAGUCCUCAGCCACCCUCUGGAACUCCCCCAGUAGAAAUCGGAGCCUGCAGCUGAGCGCAUGGGAGAGCAGCAUUGUGGACCGUCUGAUGACGCCCACUCUCUCCUUCCUGGCAAGGAGUCGCAGCGCAGUCACACUACCCCGCAAUGGCCGGGACCAGGCCGUGCCCGUGUGCCCGCGCUCGGCCUCCGCCAGCCCCCUGACACCCUGCAGCGCCCCCCGGAGCGGGCACCGCUGCACCGCAGCGGGGGAGCGCCGCAAGCCCAGUGCCGUGGGCAGCCCCUCCCUGGCUCGCCGCCGCCCGGAGGCCUCGCCGGUGCAGAAAAAGGAAAAGAAGGACAAGGAGCGGGAAAACGAGAAGGAGAAGAGCGCCCUCGCCCGAGAGCGCAGCCUCAAGAAACGCCAGUCCCUGCCUGCCUCGCUGAGGCCACGCCUCUCAGCGGGCCCCGCCUCCGAGCUCAGCCCCAAGUCCAAGGCCCGGCCGUCAUCUCCCUCCACGCCUUGGCACAGGCCUGCAUCUCCCUGCCCCGGCUCCAGCCCAGGGCCCGGCCAUGCUCUGCCUCCAAAGCCACCGUCUCCCCGGGGCACCACUGCCUCUCCCAAGGGACGCAUUCGGAGGAAGGAGGAGUCAAAGGAGAGCCCCAACACUCCCAGGCCCGAGGACAAGAGCAGCCACAGCAAGGGCAGGGCUGGUGAGGAGGAGGCCACCACCACCCCCGUCUCACCAGCACCCUCGCCUGUGCCCUCACCCGUCCCAGCCCCACCCCAGAAGGAGCAGCCCACAGUGGAGAGCCCUGCAGGUUCUGCUCCCCCGGUGACCUCUAGCAAACCCAUGGCCGGGACCACAGACCGCGAGGAGGCCACUAGGCUCCUGGCCGAGAAGCGGCGCCAGGCUCGCGAGCAGCGCGAACGGGAGGAGCAGGAGCGGCAGCUGCAGGCGGAACGGGACAAGAGGAUGAGAGAGGAGCAGCUGGCACGGGAGGCUGAGGCCCGGGCCGAGCGCGAGGCGGAGGCCAGGAGGCGGGAGGAGCAGGAGGCCCGGGAGAAGGCUCAGGCCGAGCAGGAGGAGCAGGAACGGCUGCAGAAGCAGAAAGAGGAGGCCGAAGCUCGGUCCCGGGAAGAGGCAGAGCGGCAGCGGCUGGAGCGGGAGAAGCACUUCCAGCGAGAAGAGCAGGAACGGCAGGAGCGCAAAAAGCGCCUGGAGGAGAUCAUGAAGAGGACUCGCAAGUCUGAGGCUGCGGAAACCAAGAAGCAGGAUGGAAAGGAGACCAAGGCCCAGGACUCCGGCCCAGAGCUCGUGAACACCGGGGAGGUGCGGCCCUUGGCGCUGCAAAAGGAGGCUGUGCAGAAGGGGGAGCUGGAACCCCAGGAUUCCCAGUGGAGCCUGCCAAACAAGGAGUCGCCAGGGUCCCUGGUGAACGGCCUGCAGCCCCUCCCAGCACACCAGGAGAACGGCUUCUCCCCCAAGGGGCCCCCAGGGGACAAGAGUCUGGGCCGAAAGCCAGAGGCGCUGUUGCCCUUUGCUGAGGCAGAAGCCUUCCUCAAGAAAGCUGUGGUGCAGCCCCCUCAGGUCACAGAAGUCCUUUAGGGAGUUGCAGCAGACCCGGAGCAGCUCCGAGGGCUCCCCUACAGCGUCCUCCAGGAUGUCCGGAGGAGAGAGCGACAGAACAAAGCCGGAAGUGGCCUGGGCCCCUGAAGAAGGGGACUCUGUUGUUUUUAACCUGCACCUUAUAGACUGACGUCCUUUGGCCAGCGCUGGACCCUGCCCCCCAGUGCACAUGUGUGCGCUCACGCAUGGACACCUCCCCCCAACACACACACAUACACUCACAGCCUCUCUGGCCUCCCCCUUGGGGAUGGGCCACCUGUAGUAUUUUGCCUUGGUUUGGUGGGGUACAGUGGAUGUGAAUACUGUAAAUAGCUUGUGCUCAGACUCCUUCCGAGCGGAGGGGUGGGUGCAGGAGGCAGACACUCCCCCUCCUCCCCACUAGGCUCCCGGAGAGAUCUUCCUCUCUGUAUUUAACUAUGAGAGGGAACCCAGGUCUGGAGAAUGGGGGUCACUGGGGGCCAUGGGAACUGGUUUUAGGGGCACCCAUGUGCCCUGCCCUCACCUGGAAUCAGUGUUAUUGCCUCUGAUCAAACUUCUCCAGAAAUAAAGUGAGAGUAAGUCUGCCA